AUGGCUUCGCAAACACAAGUUCUACUUGAGAAGUACAAGAUGUUGCUCAUUGGUGAAACUGGAUCUGGCAAAACAUCUUUCCUGAAUCUCCUCUGCAACUACGGGAUCGUUCAAGAGUUGGGGAUAGACGUUGGAGUCCAGCAUUUUCACUCAUUCAAUGAGAUAAAACUAGAAAAUGCUAUUUCCGAUAAAAUGCAGAGCAAGACCAGUGAUGCACUGAAGUAUACCGUAUCACUGGGAGACACCAACCUUGAAAUAAUCGACACACCAGGCUUUGGUGAUUCAAGACACACGUUACAAGAAUCAUUGAUGCUCUUAAAAAAGAAGAUUACGUCAAUUGUGUUUGCCUUAUCAUCAAUGGAAGAUCCUCCCACAAUACUCAAUAAUAUCAUUGUGGUAUUCACUAAUACCACUGGUUUGCUGCAACUGAGCUUUGACUUGGGAGCGCUGAAGCAUUACUUUGGUCGAAACUUGGAGCACAGCUACUGCAUUGAAAAUCCGUAUUGCCUUUUCGAGAAAGCUAACGAAAAGAAAGGUUUAAUGUCCAAAGAGCUACUAGCUGAGAGCUUAAAAGACGAAUUCGAGAGAACAGCGAAGACAUUGAAUAAACUCUUUGCUACAAUGAAGUCCUUUGAGCUGGUCCAGACAAACGAUUUCCUACGGCUUUAUGAGAAAAAGGAGAAGAUAGAGGUAACCAUAGCAGAAGCUCUUAAAAAGUAUGACACUCAAUCAAAAAUCACAGUUGAAAUAGAAAAAAAAGAAAAAGAGAUUGGUGCUGCCGUCAGUAAAAGUCAGUAUAAUCAAAAAUAUAAGGAGCGUCAAACUACAACUAACAGAGAAUCAAGAGAUACAUCUUACCACAAUACAAUAUGCACAGCAAGUAAUUGCUUUUCAACCUGCCACGAGCACUGCGGUCUACCUCGAGUAGUUGAAACAAAUAAAUUCAAAUAUUGUGCAUGUAUGAAUGGGGAUUAUUGCAGAGUGUGUGGCCAUCAUUAUUCCUCACAUCAGCAUCUGUAUGUUAAGUAUAUAGAUGUGGAACACGUCUGGUGGAAAACUAAUCCUGACAUGGAGAGGAGGUUUCUUGAAGCAAAGAAUGAUGAAGAAAGGGCAACAAUAUUGAAGAAGGAGCUUCAAGAAAAGCAUGAUGCUAUUAUUAAAGAAAAAGAGAAGCUAUUUGAAAUACUUACUCAGGCAAUCGAGGAGUUUCAAGCUUUGGGCAUUAAUCGUAGCUUCAAGAAAGUUUUAAAAAAUCAAGUCUCUAUCAUUGAGCAUCAUUUGGAAGGGCAAGCCGAUUUAGAUCCUAACAGCAGCGGAGCUAAGAAGUUAGAAGAAAGUAGAAAAGAAUUAAAGAAGAAGAUCAAAAUUAUUAAGGAAGCUAAAAAGUAG